AUAGCAGUCAUGAGAAAUUUCUAACCAACUUCUUCUCCAAAUUAUUUUUUUCAAAAAUUCCCUGAUUAUUAUUAUUGUCAACGAACUUCUGCGUUGGAAAAACUGUCCCAAAAAGAGCCAUUAAAUUCCAUUUCCUCUCUAAUCUUGGGGUCAUCGGUAAGUAUCCUAAAUUUCAUAUUCAUUUUCUCUUCUGAAUUCAAAGGCUGGGGUUUCCUAGUUCCUUAGCUGAAAACCCUAGCCUAAUUCACUUUGUAGGAAUUUUUCAAAAGCUUGAUGUUUUUUUUUUUUAGAUAAAGAGAUUUUAUUUAUGAGUAAUAAUUGUCUUUAUGUUCCAAAAAGUCCCAAAUUUCAUGGGAUUUUCAAUGGAUUAUCUGCCAUUAUUCUACUUUUCUUUUUUUACACCCGGGUAGAUUUCUUAAGAAAACCUCACAUUAGCCAAUUGUCUGGGCUUAUUAAUUAUAAUUUGAAUCAAAGAACCGUACUUGAUCACGUCGGUAUAAUUCGUCGAAAAAUUAGCGAACUUGAUGCCAGUUCGUCAAAUUUAGCUUUUGGGAAGGGCCAGCAGAAUGAGUUGAAUGUAAGCUUGAGCCAUCCUGUUUUCUGUACCGGAUUGAAUAAUCAUCAGGGUUUUGCUAAUCAAUGUGAGUUCCUGAAAUCGAAUCCACAGUGUUCUUCAGAUGGAUUCUUUGAUUACAUUAAGUUCUUCUAUUGUGGUUGUGGAGAAUUUAGGAUAGUGGGCUAUUUGAUAUUGGGUGUUUGGCUUGUUUCUUUGUUUUAUCUUUUGGGUAACACUGCAGCUGACUACUUUUGCCGUUCAUUGGAGAAGCUUUCUUAUCUGCUUAUGUUGCCUCCAACUGUUGCUGGGGUUGCACUCCUUCCGUUGGGAAAUGGGGCACCGGAUGUUUUUGCAAGUAUAGCUGCAUUUUUGGGGACGGAUACAGGUGGAGUGGGUCUUAAUAGCGUGUUAGGUGGUGGAGUUUUUGUUACUUGUGUUGUUGUAGGGGCUGUCUCCCUUUGUGUAGCGGGGACCGGGGUUCAGAUUGAUAAAAGAUGCUUCAUUAGGGAUAUCUGUUUCUUCCUUUUUACGCUCAUGUCACUUACAAUGAUAUUGAUAAUUGGCAAGGUGAGUAUUUGGGGUGCCAUUGCAUUUGUCAUGAUCUAUGUGAUUUAUGCAUUUUCUGUGGUUGCAAAUGAGAUUCUGUGGAAACAUACUGGGGGAUUGAAAUUGGAUGUUGUUACACCAUUGCUUCCUGUCCGAGGAACUCUGUUUUCACAAGGAAACGAAGAGGAUACUUUUCUUUAUAGUUAUCUGCUGGACGUGGACACUGGAAAUGAUCCACCCCAUCUACCUAGUUCCCUGCCACAAUGGAUGUGGGCUUCAAAUGUUGCUAUAUAUUCCAAUCACUUAAUGAAAGCCAGUCCAUUAGAUGAAGACAGGCCUCCAUGGGGUUGGACUGAAGAGGGCAUGGAAACUAAUGAGUCACCAUUCUCUUGCUCUAAAUUAUUAUCGCUCCUGGAGUUGCCGCUGACAGUUCCAAGGAGGCUAACAAUUCCUCUAGUUGAUCAGGAAUCAUGGUCAAAACCAUAUGCUGUGGCUAGUGUUUCAUUGGCUCCUGUACUGUUAGCAUUUCUGUGGAAUAGCAAAGGUGAUGUGGGCUCUGAGAGUCGAGUGAUCACAUGGUGUCUCAGUGUUGCAGCUGGUUGCACACUUGGUAUUCUUGCAUGUAAGCAUACUGCAUCUGAUCAUCCGCCUCGGAGGUUUUUAAUUCCAUGGGUAUUUGGGGGAUUUUUUAUGAGCAUUGUCUGGUUUUAUAUGAUUGCGAAUGAGCUUGUUGCUCUGUUGGUAGCAUUUGGUGUGAUAUUUGGAAUUAAUCCAUCCAUUCUUGGAGUAACUAUUCUGGCUUGGGGAAAUUCAAUGGGUGAUUUGGUGUCAAAUGUUGCACUGGCAAUGAAUGGUGGUGAUAGCGUGCAGAUUGCGAUGUCUGGCUGCUAUGCCGGUCCUAUGUUCAACACACUUGUUGGUCUGGGCAUCUCAUUGCUGCUUGGAGCUUCGUCAAAGAGUCCUUCCUCAUACACGGUUCCACAAGAUAGCAGCUUGUUUUACACUAUGGGCUUUCUCAUGUCUGGACUAAUCUGGGCACUUAUAGUUUUGCCUCGAAAUGACAUGAGACCUAGCAAGAUAUUAGGAUUGGGUCUUAUAAUGCUUUAUCUGAUAUUUCUUUCUCUCAAGGUGAGCAGUGCUUUGGGACUUACAUCACUGCGUGGUUUAAGCUGAUUCGUUUUAUUGGCUGUAACUAGGUGGACUAGGGAAACUGACAUAGUAGAAAUGAUUUGUCAGAUUGAUUGGUUAGUUUUCAGUUUCCAAGUACUAUAUCAACUUUCAGAUUUCAAUGGCAGAGAAAGCCAUUGUUGUAAGAUUUACUUAGAUAGGCAAAUGAUAUAUAACUCACUGUGGGUUCGCAGUGCUUGUUGGAAAAAUCUGUCAAACCAUUUCAUCAGUAAAUUCUGUCAAUACCACUUCCCUGUUGCAUA